AGUCAGAUCGGGGACAUGGAGACCCCUCAGCUGUCUAAGGAAGGGGACAUUAUUUUAGGUGGAAUCUUUUCUUUUCACAGCAGCUGGAAGAACAGAGAAAACACUUACACACAAAAGCCACUGCCACUGGAAUGCAUCAGGGAGUUCCAGUUUGCUCAGUCCAUGCUUUUUGCCAUCGAGGAGAUCAAUAACAGUACAGACCUGCUGCCUGGCGUUUCACUCGGUUAUGACAUCUACGACACUUGCGGCUCCAUCGCCAGAAGUGUAAAAGUUGCACUUGCCUUGACAAAUGAUGGCAGCAAUUCAACCUCUGAGCGUCCAUGUAUGAAAGCAGCCCGGGUGCAGGCCAUCAUGGGGGAAACGUCGUCCUCUCCAAGCACAGCGAUAGCCACCGUCAUCGGACCCUUUAAUAUCCCACUGAUCAGCCAUUUUGCCACAUGUGCUUGUCUCAGUGAUAAAACCAAGUAUCCAUCCUUUCUAAGAACAAUACCCAGUGACUACUAUCAGAGCAGAGCUCUGGCUCAUCUGGUCAAGCAUUUUGGCUGGACUUGGGUCGGAGCCGUCAGAACCAACGACGACUACGGCAACAACGGCAUGGCGACGUUCACAGAAACUGCAGAGCAGCUGGGCAUUUGUCUGGAAUAUUCUGUCUCUUUCUUCAGAACGGAUCCAUCUGACAAAAUACAAAAGAUCAUUGAAAUUAUGAAGUCUUCCACCUCAAAGGUUAUUGUCGCUUUCCUUUCCCACAUGGACAUGGACGUGCUUAUGCACGAGCUGUCGCCUCACAACCUGACCGGGCAUCAGUGGGUCGGCAGUGAGUCCUGGAUCUUUGACUCUCAAAUUGCAGCAAUGGAUAAGAACCACAUACUGGACGGAGCGAUCGGCCUUUCCGUUCCUAAAGCUCAUGUCGGUGGACUCACAGAGUUCAUGUUUAAUGUUGAGCCCCUGAAUUCGUCCAAUAGCGAGUUAUUUACGGAGUUCUGGGAGGCGUUGUUCAGCUGUAAGUUCAAGGAGUCAGCUGAAUUUCAGAGCGAAUGUACUGGACAUGAGGAUCUGACAGAAGUGGAGAACAGCUUCACUGACAUGUCCCUCAUGCCCAUUUUUAACAACGUGUAUAAGGGAGUUUAUGCAGUGGCUCACGCUCUGCAUGAUAUUCUCAGCUGCAAUAAAACAUGCAACGACAACAUGCGGCUAGACCCGACGAUGAUUUUACAGCACCUAAAGAAAAUUAACUUUAAGACAAAGGAAGGGGAUGAGGUGUAUUUUAAUGAGAAUGGAGAUCCAACGGCAACUUAUGAAAUAAUAAACUGGCAACCAGGAGAAAACGGCAUGGUGGAUUUUGUCACUGUUGGUCUGUAUGAUGCAUCGUUGCCUGCAGACAAACAGCUCAAUUGGACAAACGAUGCUCUAAUCUGGACACGGAACACGCUGGAGGUUCCUGUGUCGGUUUGCAGUGAAACGUGUCCACCGGGAACACGCAAAGUCCUGCAGAAAGGAAAACCUGUGUGCUGCCACGACUGUGUCAAAUGUGCAGAAGGAGAAAUAAGCAACACCUCAGAUUCAGUCACCUGUGUGAGAUGCCCCCUGGAAACCUGGUCAAAUGAGGCAAGAGAUGCCUGUGUAAAGAAGGAGGCCGUGUUUCUGUCGUAUGGGGAGAUUAUGGGAGCUUUGCUCACUGCAGCCUCUCUGUUUGGAACAUGCUUGACGGCCAUUGUUACAGUCAUCUUCUUCAGAUACAGAAAAACUCCUCUUGUGAGGGCAAACAACUCUGAGCUGAGCUUCCUGCUGCUCUUCUCUUUAACCCUGUGUUUCCUCUGCUCUCUGACCUUUAUUGGUGAGCCCUCGGACUGGUCCUGCAUGCUGCGGCACACGGCGUUCGGCAUCACCUUUGUGCUCUGCCUCUCUUGUGUCCUGGGGAAAACCAUGGUGGUUUUAAUGGCGUUCAAAGCCACGCUGCCAGGAAAAAACGUGAUGAAGUGGUUCGGGCCGACACAGCAGAGACUCAGCGUUCUCACUUUCACUGUCGUGCAAGUGAUCAUCUGUAUCCUCUGGUUGACGAUUUCACCUCCUUUCCCAUUUAGGAAUUUCAAAGAAAUGAAAGACAAAAUCAUCUUGGAGUGUUCUUUGGGUUCAGCUGUGGGAUUCUGGGCUGUGCUGGGGUACAUUGGAUUUCUCGCCACAUUAUGUUUUAUUUGUGCUUUCCUGGCUCGUAAACUUCCUGAUAAUUUCAACGAAGCUAAGUUCAUCACGUUCAGCAUGUUGAUAUUCUGCGCCGUGUGGAUCACUUUCAUCCCUGCGUACGUCAGCUCUCCUGGGAAGUUGAGUGUUGCCGUGGAAAUUUUUGCCAUUUUAGCCUCUACUUUUGGUUUGCUGUUUUGUAUCUUCAUGCCUAAAUGUUAUGUAAUGCUGCUAAAACCGGAAAAGAACACAAAGAAGAACAUGAUGGGGAAGGGGCAAACAAAGUCAUUCUGACGAUGAAAGUCUCUAAUGAGAGGACUGUGAGCGUCAACAGGAUGUGGAGACGAUUCUGACAGCAGAGAUGUCGACGGGCA